GCCCGGGACAGAGCGGCCGCCAUCUUCACGCCCCGUCGCUACGCAUGCGUGGGGCGCCGCAAAGUCACCUGGGAAUUGUAGUCCUGGCCUCGGCACCGGCCCCGGUCAAAUAGAUUUGAAAAUAAACUUCAACCAAAAGCAACUGGAAUUCCAGCCUGGAUCAUAUAUCUGAUCGCAUACUUUACAUGCAAUCGAAUGUCUUCCGAGCUCAUUGAUAUCCCCUCCCCCAACCACGACAGCCAUGGAGCGGUUUGUUAGUGCGGACUGAUUUCCAGUUGCACCCUGUGGCUUGCCGGAGAGUCACAUUCAAUAAGGGAUGAGCGAAACAUAUCGAGGCGUCGAACGGUCCUAUUUUCCUGGAGUGCGGCUUUCCGAAGUUGUAGAGGGCAGCGGGAGGCAACGAUUGCGUCCUGAGUGGUUUUCUGGGUUUAUUAAAGAGGUUGUUGAAUGUUUCACAGCUGCAGAAUGUGUUGACUAUCCAGCGAAGUCUCACUGUUUCUCCAAAGACUGACAGCCAUGUUUGUCCCCCGGUCGCUGAAGGUGAAAAGAGUGGAAGAAAGCGAGGGCCAACAUGCCAAGAGAAGUAAAGUUAUUUCUGAUGACUUAGGGAACACUGAACAUCCCCAGGGAGUUACGGAAAACCCUGAGGCCACUGCUGGUCCAGAGGAGGAGGAGGUGGAGGAGCCGGUGAAGCAGCUGAGCAAAGGCCAGCGCUGGCCGGAGCCAGGAGAGCCUGUCUGCUCGGUGUGUGGCAGAUAUGGGGAAUAUAUCUGCAAUGAGACUGAUACGGAUGUGUGCAGCAUGGAGUGUAAAGCCCAGAAUCUGCGGCGUUUGGGAAUGGGGUGUCCAGCAUCCUGUCCUGUUCCUGAGACAUGGCCUAGCCUGCAGCCAGAGGAGCAGUUUGCCCAGGCUGGCAACUACCUGGAGCACCCGUUUAUCUCUAGCCUGAACACUGAGCAGGUGGAGGCCCUGCAGCAUCAACUUGGCAUUGCCGUGUCGGGUCCAGCUCUCAGGCCCAUUGUGGAAUUUGAGCAUUGUGGCUUCCCUGACACCCUGAACGCCAACCUGGCAAGGCUGGGCUACCUGACCCCUACCCCAGUUCAGAUGCAGAUGCUGCCACAAGGCUUGGCGGGGAAAGAUGUUUUGGCGGCAGCGGACACUGGCUCAGGGAAAACUGCGGCUUUUCUGCUUCCAGUCAUCAUGGCGGCACUGCAACAGAACAAGAAGACUUCACUCCAGCAACCUACUGGGUUGAUCCUGACUCCGACACGUGAACUUGCCAUUCAGAUCGAAGGGCAGGCCAGGGAGCUGAUGAUGGGUUUGCCCAACAUGAGAACUGCACUGCUAGUCGGUGGAAUGCCUUUACCCCCACAGCUCCACCGCCUCAAACAAAGCAUUCAGGUAAUUAUUGCAACUCCAGGGCGGCUGCUGGAAAUUCUAAAGCAAGAAGCUAUCAACCUGUGCGGAAUGCAGAUUGUGGUGGUGGAUGAGGUUGACACCAUGUUGAAGAUGGGAUUCCAGCAGCAGGUGUUGGACAUUCUGGAGAAAAUGCCCUCGGAGCAUCAAACGAUUUUGGUCUCUGCCACCAUCCCAGCAGGUAUUGAGCAGCUGGCCAGCCAGUUCCUGCAGGACCCAGUCAGGAUCACUGUUGGAGAGAUGAACCAGCCUUGUUCCAAUGUCCGUCAAAUUAUCCUUUGGGUGGAGGAAGCAUCCAAGAAGAAGAAACUGUUUGAGAUUCUGAAUGAUGGCAAGCUCUUCCAACCCCCUGUGGUGGUGUUUGUGGACUGCAGACUGGGAGCUGAUCUCCUAUCAAAUGCUGUGCAGACCAUCACAGGCCUGAAGACAGUGGCCAUUCAUUCAGACAAGGCCCAGUGUGAACGGAAUCAGAUUCUGCAGGGCCUGCUUCAAGAUGACUAUGAGGUUGUUGUCAGCACAGGAGUCCUCGGCAGAGGGCUGGACCUCGUCAAUGUCACACUGGUUGUGAACUUUGACAUGCCGCCUACCAUGGAUGAAUAUGUGCAUCAGGUGGGGAGAGCAGGACGGUUGGGUCACCAGGGAACAGCAAUCACCUUUGUUAAUAACAGCAGCAGCAAGCAUUUCUUGGAAUUGGUGAAGCGGGUGAAGCCAACAGGUACACUGCUGCCUCCACAGCUCCUUAACUCCCCCUAUUUGAAUGAGCAACAGCGCAGAGAACAACUGAGAAACAAGCAGCGAGCACAGCAAGAUGUGGUGACCGGGAAAAGUCUGAUUGAUAUCAUCAGGAAGCAUGACCGCUGUGCACUGCAGAAACGAUAAGCUGUGACCUGUGGUGAGAGGACAGGCUGGGCACCUGGUUAAUGCAGUUUGUCUCUACUGGGCUUAUUUUCCAUUGCUCCUCCAUUGUCGCACUGGAUCUGAGUACAGGCCAUGAGGGUGAUGCAUACCACAUUACAUGAAACUGGGCAGAGGGAUAUGAAUUAAAAUGAUGUUUUUAAGUAUU